GACCUGAAAUUUCUGAAGCUCUCGUGAACAGUUGUUAGCGUUGUGUGACGGAUGCUCUCUGCCGAUGGAAGUAAUGGAGUUUAAAGCUAGGGCCUGUAGAUAGUUGUGGUCUAGUCUUUUGUUAAAGACCACACAGCGUUGGACUACAUUUCCCAGAAUGCACUGUGAACCAGGAACUUCCUUGAGUUCCGAUCCAAUUGGCUUCAGACCCGAAUCCCUAGGGACGUCCAGGAUGUGUGGGGCUUAGAGUGUCAAUUUAAGGCCUGGAAUCAGAUUGUCCAUGGAAAUCGAGUUCAGGGGUGAAGGGCUUUCCUACGGAGCGCGGAGUUCUGAAGAAGAUGUGGUGGUGUUCCGGGCUGGCAGAGUUGGGGAGUUGACUUCAUAACGAUAGGAAUCAAGAAGAGGACUGGUCACAUUCACAAGUUUUCAAUCAUGGCCCAUGUAAUGACGUUCAGCGAUGUGGCUGUAGAUUUCUCUCCGGAAGAAUGGGAGUGUCUAAACCUGGAACAGAGGACUUUGUACAGAGAUGUGAUGUUGGAGAACUACAACCACCUUGUCUCAGUAGGACUUUGCAUUUAUCAACCACGUGUGUUCCCUGUGUUGGAAAAAGAGCAAGAUGCCUACGUGGAUUUGGGCAGUGAGACCAGAGGAUUCUGCCCAGAUAUAGAUUCUGUGUGGCAGAUGAAGAAGGUCCUACCAAAAAAUAGCCCAUGUGCAAGACAGUUAUCCCAGUGGGAAGUAAUGGAAACUGACCCAAACCACAACCUCGAAGGUUCGUGUCCUAGAGCUGAUUGGGAAGGCAAAGGUCAGCCUCCAGCACGAAAGGAGAAUCAAGAGGGAUGCUUUAAGCAAAUGACACCUACCUACAAAAAACUGCCCUUUUUAAAUCAGCUCACAGCUUUUGAUCAGUGUCCAAGACUGAAUAUAGAAGAGAAAGCAAAUAAAUUUAAAUCUGAGAAAUCCUUUAGUCUUGCCUCAGACACCACUCAACUUCAGUCAGUUCACAUGGGUGAGGAACUCGAGGAAGAUGAAAAAUGUGGGAAACCCUUUCCUCCUGGUUCUAAACUUACUCGGUAUCAUGCAGUUCAUGCUGGAAAGAAAACAUUUCAAUGUGAAGAAUGUGGCAAGGCUUUUAGUUUUCGGUCUAGUCUUACUGGUCAUAAGAGAAUUCACACUGGGGAAAAGCCUUUUAAAUGUAAGGACUGUGGGAAAGCCUUUAGAUUUCAUUCACUCCUCAGUGUCCACGUUCGGAUUCACACUGGUGAGAAAUCUUACGAAUGUAAGGAAUGUGGAAAGUACUUUAAUUACAGCUCAGACCUUACUCGGCAUCACAGGAUUCACACUGGAGAGAAGCCCUAUCACUGUAGGGAAUGUGGCAAGGCCUUCAGUUGCGGCUCAGACCUCACUCGCCACGAGAGAAUCCACACUGGUGAAAAACCCUAUGAAUGUAAUGAGUGUGGGAAAGCCUUCAUUCAGCAGUCACACCUCAUUAAACAUCAGAGAAUCCACACUGGAGAAAAACCCUACGUAUGCAAGGAGUGUGGGAAAGCCUUCACAUGUGGGUCACAAUUAAGUCAACAUAGGAAAAUUCAUACUGGGGAUAAGUUGCAUAAAUGUAAAGAAUGUAAAAACUCUUUUAGUUUUGCCUUAAAUCACACUCAACGACAGUUAAUUUACAUUGGUGAGAAGUUCUUUGAAGAUAAGGAAAAUGGGAAGACGUUUUUCCCAGAUUCAGAACUUACUCAGUACCAGACAGCUCACACUGGUAAGAAAAUCUACGAAUGCAAAGCAUGUGGCAAGGCUUUUAGUCUACGCUCCAUUGUCAGCAGUCUUAAGAAAGUUCAUAACAGGGAGAAACUUUUCAAAUGCAACGACUGUGAGAAAGCCUUUCGUUGCCCAUCAAACCUUGCCCGCCACCAGAAGACCCACACUGGUGAAAAGCCCCAUAAGUGUAAGGAGUGCGGGAAGGGAUUUAUUUGCAGAUCAGACCUUGGCCGGCAUCAGAGAGUUCACACCGGUGUAAAGCCUUAUGUAUGUAAGGAGUGUGGAAAAGCUUUCACUCGUGGUGCACACCUAACUCAGCAUCAGAAAAGUCAUGGUAAGAAAUCACAUGGAUUCAAUGGAAGUGAUAAGGACUUUAGUUCUGGUUUAGAACAUCCUCAGCAUUCUUUAAUUCAUACUGGUGAGAAAUUCUGGCAAGAUAAGGAAAAUGCAGAGACCAUUCUUUGUGGUUCAGAACUUACUCAGUUUCAACCUGGCAAUACGACCAAUGAAUAUAAAGAGAAUGGCAAGGACUACAGUUGGCAUUCAGGUGAUACAGACCUUAAGACAGCUCACAUUAGGGAGAAACGUUUUCAAUGUAAGGAAUGCCCAAAGGCCUUUAGGUAUAGUUCAGAACUUACUCGACAUCAGAGACUCCAUACCGGUGAGAAGCCCUAUAAAUGUCAGGAAUGCUGGAAAGCCUUUGCUUCUGCCUCAGACCUUGCUCGGCACCAGAGGAUUCACACUGGUGAGAGGCCCUACGAAUGUAACGAGUGUGGGAAAGCCUUCAUUCAGCAGUCACACCUCAUUAAACAUCAGAGAAUCCACAGUGUCGAACAGCCCAAGGAUGUAAUGAAUGUAGAAAAGCCUUCGGCUGGCAGUCAGAUGUUAUUAAACAUGAGAGAAUUCACACUGGUAAACAAUCUUAUAAAUUUAAGGAGUGUUGGAAAGAUUCUACUCAUGGCUCAGCUCAAUCAGUUUCAGAAGAUUUAUAAUGAUGAGAAAUCGAGUUAAGGCAGAACACUUAGAAAAGCCUGUAUGACUCAACUCUUACCCAGCAUUAGAAUGUCCACACCAAUAGGAAAUCUGUGACUGAGAUUUGGGAAAGCCUUCAUCUGUAACUCAAGUCACUAUCUAUGUGAAGAUAUGUCACUGUGAU